UCCCUUUGUCGUCCAUCCCCCUCUCGUUCUUUGACAGUUUGUUAGGCGAUAACAGCUGAUUCUGAAACGUAGACUCUCGCAGUGAGAAUAAGCUUUGUCAUAAGUAAUAUAUAUGUAUACAUAUUAUAUAUGUAUAAAUAAUAACUGAAUAGAACUUGAUAAUAAAGAUUGUAUUGUAUUGAGAGCAAAAAUAUGCUGAAGCCAAAAGCGCUGACGCAGGUUCUCAGCCAAGCGAACACCGGGGGCGUGGAAAAUACCUUAUUGCUCAACAGAGAUGGUGGAUUGCUAGCUUACAGUGGAUAUGGCGAUAAGGAUGCCAGGGUCACUGCUGCCAUCACGAGCAACAUUUGGACAGCUUAUGAAAAAAAUGGACGAAAUGCCUUCAAGGAAGACGAGCUGCAAUUUGUUCUUAUGGAUUGUAUGGAAGGAAAAGUUGUUCUUACCGAGGUAGCCAAUUUGCUCUUGUGUUUGUAUGCAAAAGAGAGUGUAGGAUUUGGAUUGCUGCGGGAAAAGGCACAAGCAUUGGCCAAGUAUCUCGAUCAACCAUUAAAGACAAUAGCAAACAUGCCUUGAGUGAAUUGAUCUUCUUUAGAAAUCUAUCACUCGCGAAAGAUUAUAGGUUUACCUUAUGAUAUUUAUUGUUUGUAAGAAUUUGUAAUUUGUAUUGUACGUAUAUAAAUAUAUUUUUUAUCGAUUCGAAAUGCGUUGUCAACGCAUUUCCAUUUUUACGUGCAUUUGUACAAUUCUAAGUGCUGUAAAGAGAAAGAGUUAUGAAUAUAUAAUUAUUAAUAUAAUAAUACGCGAAUGUAAGAUGUUUUUUACAGUUGAAUUAAUAUACACUUGUACUUAAAAUGAAAUACACAUAUUUGAAGUUUGGUGAAAGCAAAAAAAAUUUUUAAGUUCAGCAAUAAAAACAGGCCUACGGAUGAAUAAAUAGGAGCAAAAGUUGGCAAGGCUCUCUGAUGUAUACAAUAAAUCUUUUAUUUCAUAUAAGUUACAAUUAAUACAA